GACUAAAGUUCGGAAAUGUGGAAAGCAGAUCAUCAAAUAGAUCCCGAGGCCACAAUUGAUCAGCCCGCGUACGCCUUCUUCUUCUGUGUAAUGGGCGCUGUCUCCGCCAUUGUCUUCUCCACGCUGGGCGCAGCUUAUGGCACUGCCAAGUCGGCCAUUGGCAUCUCCUCGAUGGCUGUCAAGCAUCCGGAGCUGAUAAUGAAGUCCAUCAUACCCGUCGUCAUGGCUGGCAUCAUAGCCAUCUAUGGUCUGGUUGUCUCGGUGCUGCUGACCGGUUCGCUGGUGAAGAUGUAUCCCACCUACAAGGGAUUCCUCAACCUCGGCGCAGGUCUGUCUGUGGGUCUGUCUGGCAUGGCCGCGGGCUUUGCCAUUGGCGUCGUGGGUGAUGCUGGUGUCCGUGCAGCUGCACAGCAACCGAAGCUGUUUGUGGGUCUCAUUUUGAUACUGAUCUUUGCCGAGGUCUUGGGCCUCUAUGGCCUGAUAGUGGCCAUCUAUUUGUUUACCAAAUGAAGUGUCAAUAAAGGGACAUCUUCAGACAGCCACACAUGAAGUU